GUUAGCUGAUAAGGCUUUAAAUUUAAAAGUAACAUUAUGAUCGCCGAUCUGAAGCGGAAAUAUGAAGAGAGGUGGCAUUAUCCCCCCAAACCGUCACCGCCCAAGGUAAAGUAUGUUGCUUGUGGAAAGGUACCCUUUUACGGUCAAAACGAAACGCCGGUGUAUAAGCCGUGCUGGCAGCAUCCGCUUAACGCUCCGGAUAAUGCUCGCUUCGGAGUUUGCUGGGAGUACCCGCCAGAGCGCUACAAGCGUCGACCUCUUCCGCCUCCAUGUCGCGGCUCUUCCAUUCCUCUCCAUUUGCUAAAGCCUACAUUCGAUCAUUGUAAGAACAUCUACUCUCGGUAUGACUUUAAAUUGGAGAAGUGUGUGCACGAACAAAUCCUUGUCGUCGACAAAAAACUCAAGAAGCUUAGGAAGCAGCUGACGAAAGCUAAACCCUUUCAGAUCGAAAGGGUUAAAGAGAUGCGAUACCAUGGAGUGCGCUAUCGCAUUUUAGCCGGUUCCACCGGAUGCACAAAGAUUUAUCCCGAGUAUCUUAGCCGGAUGACCGAGGAGCGGGAACUUUGCGAGUUUCAGAGGGCCUACAAUCUCGUUAAUCAAUCCAACACUGAUUUGACAAAGUUAUUUCUGGACAUGCGUGAAUCCAAACAAGAGCUAAAUAAACGCCUAGCCAGGAUAGAUCGGUCUUUAGAUAGUAUAUUUCUGCAAGAUCUAGAUUCGGUGCUUCAGAUAAUAGAAGACUUAAAUACCUUCUUUUUUGGGGUGGUCGUGAAGCUCAAGACCUGGGCAGAAUUAAUGGACCCAAUGAAGGAGCACUCUAUUGAAGACUACCUGGCGCUUUUGAGUCAGGAGUUUGACUUCAAGAGUUUCAUGAGGGCCGGGAUGGAGAACUGCACUUGUAAACGGUGCGACAAAAAGGAUCCCUUGAAGCCGUAUCUCCCAUGCUGGUGUCAAUACCAUGAAUCAAGCGAUGAAAUUCCCCAAACUAUGAAGUUCGACGAUAAUUGCCCUAAAAACAUCUCUGUCAAGAUCUCGCAAAGCGAUAGUGAUUUUGUCAAUAAUUCUAGUGACACCUCCCAGUUAGUGAAAGCGGCCAACGAGAAGGCCAGAAUUGCAGCGGAACAGGCGGAUUAAAGUGCUUUAUAAUGUGCUAUUCAGUUUCGUUUGUUGGCUAAUAAAAUUCUUUACGGAUUGGACUUACCUUUCUGCAACCUCAUA